AUGGCGCGACAGGGCGUCGUGAAGAGCGUGUUCCUGGUGAAGGACGAGGAGGAGCGUACCUGCCGGGCACGGGCCACAAAUAGGUGCCCGGCACGGGGCGGCGACGUGAAGAGCGCGUUCCUGGUGAAGGACGAGGAGGAGCUGCCGGGCACGGGCCUGUACGGCGCCGCCACGAGCUUGGCGGCUGGCGGCACGGCGUACCGCCUCUCGCGGCAGGGCAUCAGCACCAUGGACCUGGUAACCAACACACUGCGGCGACGGAGAGUGAUCAAGAUGUUCAGAGGAGGGCCGUUCAGCGUGAACAGAUCGUCGUACUACAUAAGCAUGGAGUUCGGGCCCAUCAAGCACAUCAUGAACCUGCGUGUCGACAACCUCACGCCGCUCACCUGGGUCUCCUGCGACUGCAUCCAGUGCCGCACUGCGGGCGCCAUUUUCAAGGAGCGGCCGCCGUUCAACACCACGGCCAGCAACUCAACGCGCAUGGCGUGUGCUACCCCCACGUGCACCGCUGUGACGGGGCAGCCUGUGCCGCUUGGACAAGUCGGCUGCAACCUCGCCUCUACCGUCAUCCCAUCUGCUGUGCGCACAGGCAGGUGCACGUACUCGCACUCGUUCCCCAUCGCCAAGAGCCCUCUAGGGUCCCCCGGGAGCCUGCUGCUGAGCGGUGACAAGACGAGCACCGGGAAGAGCGAGGGGGUGCUGCUGUCGGAGCAAGUGUGGUUCACGCACUCUGAUAACACCACCGUCAACCCCCUGCUUACCAUCGGCUGUGGCAUGGCGCAGAGCGGCAGUCUAGCGGGAGUCACAGAGGCGCCGGACGGGGUGUACGGGCUGGGCAGGGGGCCGCUGAGCAUCCAGAGCCAGAUGAACGACCUGGCCAUAUGGGAGUACGGGUACGGCAUGUGUCUCGAGGGCGACGCCUCCAGCACCAACGCCAAGUCGUACCUCUCCCUGGGGAGCGGCCGCAUUGGCGGGGCCAACGACUCUGUUCCGAUUAUUUUUGUUGGGAACAGCCCGCUGCUGUUCGUGGACAUGGUAUCCGUGGCUGUGGGGCUCGUGACGCUGAACUUGCCGCCCGGAACGUUCUCCCUGCCGUCCGAUCAGGGUCUGGGCGGCACAGUGUUCGACCCCUUCACCACCAUCACCCGCCUGCCGCCCGCUGCUCUCAAUGGCAUGAUUGAUGCUCUGGUGUACACCCGCCCGGGUCUACUGCCGGACGCCACCACGUCCACUGCACUGGGGCUGCGCUGCUUCACAGGCACCAUGUACAAGAAUGCCAACCAUACGGCGUUCUAUCAGCAGUUCCCCACCAUGCACAUGCGCUUUGGCAACGGGGCCUACUUCUUCCUCCUCCCAGAGACCUACCUCAUUGCCACCCCCUCUACUGGCAAGGUGUGCUUCGCUGCUGCGGCCUCUGAGGACAGCCGAACCACAAUCGGAGAGUCCUUCCUACGCAACAAGUAUGUGGUGUAUUCCUUCAUCACCAACGACAUCUCCUGGUACGACAUGAACUGCACCACCGGCCUCCGCUACUCCAACUUCACGCUCCGCCCCCCACCCACCGCGCCCUCCCCUCCCCCCGGCACCCCCCUAGCGCCCCCCAUGUACGAGUAUCCGCCUCCGCCCUCCCCUCCGCCCCCCAAACCGCCGUCUCCGCCCCCCAAACCCCCCUCCCCGCCUCCUCCGAAGCCCCCCAAGCCCCCCUCUCCGCCCAAACCUCCCCCCUCUCCGCCACCCAAGCCCCCUCCAUCUCCCCCCUUAAAGCCUCCUCUUUCCCCCCCCAAACCCCCCUCUCCUCCCCCCAAACCCCCUCCGCCUUCCCCCCCGAAGCCCCCAUCUCCCCUGAAGCCCCCGCUUUCUCCCCCCAAGCCCCCUCCGUCUCCCCCUUUGACACCCCCCGCUUCCCCUAAGCCUCCCCCAUCCCCUCUGAAACCACCAACACCUGCAAGUCCCCCUCCUCCCAAACCUCCUGGUUCUACCACUUCCACCCCACCUCCCCCUGCAAAGACCCCUCCCCCCACCACCUCCGCCCCCCCUACCCCCAAACCUCCUGGUUCUACUACCCCUUCCGCGCCCCCUCCCCCCAGACCUCCUGGUUCUACUACUUCCACCCCCCCUCCCCCCACCACCUCCGGUCCCCCUGCUCCCAAGCCCCCGGGCUCUGGAGCCUCUACACCCCCCCCUACUCCGUCUGACUUUCCCCGUCCCCCUGAACCGCCCCUCCCCCCUGGUCCUGCGCCCCCACCAAAACCCCCCCGCCCCCCUCGCCCUCCCCCGAACCCUCCCCCCAUGCCCCCACCCACUCCCCCUCCGCGACCCCCCCCGUCCCCCCCGCCCUCCCCCCAAUCCCCCCCCAGAACCGCCCCCAGCACCCCCAACUCGCCCCCCCCGACCCCCGCGCCCUCCCCCAAACCCUCCCCCUAUGCCCCCCCCUUCUCCCCCUCUCAAACCCCCUCGCCCCCCGCGUCCCCCCCCUCCACCUUUCCCCCCGGGUUACAUCUUCCCCCCAUCCCCCCCGCUGCCCCCUCCCUCUCCAUCCCCGAAGCCCCCAGUAGGUUCACUCGACCAACCUCCCCCUCCCGAUUCGGCCCCCCUGCCCCUAUCUUCUCCGCCCCCCCUUGGUGGACAAUAUGGCCUCUUCACACCUCCUCCCCCGCUGCCUCUACAUCUGCUCCUGGGUUUGAUCCGAGCAUUCUGGACCGCCAAUUGGACCGCUCGGGCAGUGAGGCAGGAGUUGCAGCAGCAGCAGGCGGAGGAGUGAGUGGGCUGGGAGGGUUCCGGGUGCAGAGCUUUGGUGAGGAGGACGGGGUUGGGGAGGUGGUGGGGCGGAAGGAGGCGGGAGAAGGGGUCAAAGGCACAAUGAGUGUUGUUGCAGGCUCAACCGCUACUAAUGCCGCUGCCAAAGCUGCCGCCACCAAAGCUGCAGCCGCGGAAGCUGCGUCCGAUGCUGCGUACCCGGACGCAGCAAGCAUAGCGCAGGCGUUGCAGUACGAGAAGAAGCACGGGCUGAGGGAAAAGGUGAUCGGAGCGUCACCGGCAGAGUAUGAGCAGGCGCUUGAGGAGGGAGUGGAUGUGAUGGGGGAUGUGUACGAUGAGGAGUUUGACCAGGCUGCUGUGAACGCAGCCAAGGAGGGGAAGAUUGCCCGGGCUGAGGCGGAGGAAGAGGCGGCGGCGGCUGCAGCGGGAGAAGUGAAGUCCGGUGAUUCUGGUGGUGGUGGUGAUGGUGGUGAUGGUGGUGCUGCUGGUGGUGCUGGGGGCGCUGCUGCUGCUGGUGCUGCUGGUGCUGGUGGUCCUGCUGGUGCUGGUGGUGCUACUGGUGGUGCUGCUGGUGCUGGUGCAACUGAUGGUGCUACUGGUGGCACUGCUGGUGAUGCUACCGUCCUUGGUGAGAGAGCCGGGGAGGUGGGAGGUGUGGAUCGGCAGAUGGUAUUCGCUCACUCCAUUGACCUGCUGCCCAUCGAUUACAACAACCCCCUCUCAGCCGCUGUGCUUCCCGGUGCCGACGCAGCUGGGGAAAACGCAGAUGAGAGCAGCAGCAGCAGCAUUGCAGUGAAAGCACAUGUCACUGCCGCUACAGCAGCAGCGACUGACGAUGCUUCCGAAGAAGACACCCCCUUCUCCUUCCUGCCGACCUCCUCCCUCUCCUGCAUGCCUGCCACUGACUGUGACUUCCACUUCGAAGGACACGCGGACUCGAUCCCUCUCUUUGACAUCUCCUCACUGCCAGCCUCCGGUGGUGCUCUGCACACCCCGCCCAUUGCUUUCCGUGCUUCGGCUGCUGCACGCACAGUGAAGCUGGAAGAGAGGGAGGCACGGGAGAGGGAGAGGGAGGGGGAGAGGGAGUGUUUGCCGCCCAAGGUAGUGAGUGUGGAGAGUGGGGAGGGCAUGGCGGCGUGUGAUGAGGAGGAGGCGCCUGCGAGCGUUGACAAGCAGUUCUACCUGCAUGACCAUACGCACAGGUAUUUGUCACCAUUCCUCUCCCUUCCUCCCCUCCCCAGCCCCCCCUGCAUCUCCUCCCACCAAAUCUCAACAUUCUCCAUCAUCCCACGCACCUCAUUCACUUAUUCCCUUCCCUUUCCUCUCCUCCCCACUCUUCGCCCCUUCUCCUGGCAUCCUCUCCCCACUCUCUCCCCAUUUUCUCCGUUCGUCCCUCCUCCAGCGCCUAGCAUCGCACCCCUUCCAUCCAGCAUCCAGCAAGGCAGCAUACUCUGGCGUGACGGUGCGCCUGCAGCUGCUCUCUGUGUCGCUGCUGCUGGAUGGAACAGUAGUGAGCCUGCGCGAAGGGGACGGGCUUGA